AUGUCCCCAUUUCGGCUUCUCUAUGGCAAACUGUGCCAUCUUCCUGUGGAAUUAGAGCACAAGGCGCAUUGGGCUGUCAAAACAUUCAACAUGGACAUAAAUGCGGCUAGAAUUCAUAGAAAGCUUCAAUUGAAUGAACUUGAAGAGAUUAGGCAUGAGGCUUAUGAGAAUGAUCGCAUUUACAAGGAGAAGACAAAGGCAUUCCAUGACAAGAUGAUUCGUAGCAAGACAUUCUCCAUAGGGCAGAAAGUGUUACUUUUCAAUUCCCGCCUUCGUUUGUUUCCCAUCCAAAUCCAAAGCUUCAAGACCGGCCAAGAAUUCAAAGUGAAUUGGCACCGUUUGAAGCCUUACUACGACCUUUUUGAGGAGCAUGUGGUGGAGGAAAUACUCCUCCAUGCCGUGGGCUCCAAUGAAGCUUAA